CUAUCCUUGCCGGAAUCUAUGGGCGCCACGCGGAAGCACAGGCAAGUGACACUCCCCAGGAAAAAGAAGACAGGCUUUCCGCUUCCUCUCACACUGACUCUUCUUUCCAGAAACCACAAGAAAUGAGUGGAGAUAAAGAGGAACUGUCUUGCAUGCCGACUGAUGAUGGAACAGCAGCUCUUGCUCCUGCAGAAGAGAACAAACGAGCCCAGCAAAAAUUAGGUCCAGAAAGACAAGUUUGCACUAGCCCUGGUAUGAAAACCCUCACCGACAAUACCAAGCGGGUUAAGCUCAGCAGCGUUGGCCAGCAAGAAGACAGGCAAGAAAACCCCAGGAUGUCACAGCAAAAGGCAAGAAACACGACAGGUCCAUCUGUUACCACAGAAGAAAAACGGAAAAAAAGUUUUUUUAACAUACAGUUUCCUAAGAAUAAGAAGGAAAAAUGCACUCCACACGAUAAAACGGCACCAACAUUUACAAGCAUCAGUAACAAAGGAAAAGUGCCAUUGGCUGACAAGGAAGAUAGCGUACUUCAGACAAAGAGAGUUCAAACAAAGAGCUCAAAAAUGUCUCAACCCCUUCAAGACAAUUGCAACAACAGUAGAGGAAAGUUGUCUACGUCGGCCAUCUCUUCCCCAAUGGAAUCCUCUGUGGACUUCGAGGAGGACAUGUAUCGUGAUGCAGAAGACAUAGAGAGAGAGAAAGUGUUACUUGUGUGUGGGACAGGCUCUUCAGAUUUUCUAGAAAAUAAGUUAAGUGUUGAAUCUGAAGUAGACAUCAUGGAUUACUGCCACAAAGAAUGGAGAGGAAACACUGCCCAAGCCAAAUGUAUACGAAAGGGCUAUGAAGCUGUUUCACAGAGAUUUAUUUCAAUAAGAAGAGUACGAGGGGACAACUAUUGUGCUGUCAGAGCGACGUUGUUUCAAGCACUUAGCCAAGCCACUCAGCUUCCAGACUGGCUCCAGAGAGAGGAGACCAUGAUGCUACCACAGAAGCUGAUCAUAAAAUACGACUGGAUUGGACAGUGGCAACUCAGACAAAAAGGGAUCAAUAAUGUCGAAAACUUGGUGGUUGAACUAGAAGAAUGCUUAAUGCUCCUAAAAAGAAAGUGGAAAAAUAUGACUGAAAUGAAAACCCUCGCAGAGAGGCAAGCUGCUUGUGAUGAGCUUUUUCGAAGCGAAGAUGAUGAGUACAAACUCUAUGAAGCUGUGAAAUUUCUUAUGCUGAAUACAGCGAUCAGGUUGUAUGACGAUAAUGAGAAAGGAAAGGAGGUUCCUGUGUUCGCUUGGCUGCUGUUUGCUCGGGACACAUCCAGCAAUCCUUCCCAGUUAAUGGAAAACCAUUUGAAUCAGCUGGGUCACACUGGGGGCCUUGAACAAGUGGAGAUGUUUCUCCUGGCCUACGCUUUGCAGCAUACCAUCCAGGUGUAUCGUCUGUAUAAAUACAGUACAGAUGAAUUCAUCACCUUUUACCCCAAUGAGCCAGAAGAAGGUUGGCCAAUAGUAACUCUUAUAACUGAAGAUGACAGACAUUAUAAUAUUCCUGCUCGAAUGUGUAAAGAGACCAGUUUGUAAAAAGAAAAUCAGUGUGUUUCUCCAGAUGUAAAAAAUGAAUAAAUCUUGUAAAUGCA